AGUUCAAGCUGGCGUUUUGCAACAUGGUUGUUUAUAUGCUGUCAUAACAACGUCUCUAACGGUGGCCUAGUCCUCCUUUGGUAGACAUUAGGAGACAAACCAUGUUACUUGCUUCGAUAAGGACAACGUUAAUAAAUGGCUGCAGACGAGCCGGAGGGGGAAUUCAACACGGUAACGGUGCACACUUACGACAGUGGGUGGCGCGAAGGGGCCACAGCACCAUCACAGCCGAGGCAGGAGCUUCAGCCUCCCCAUCCGCAUCAUCAGCAGCAGCCAGUGUCCCCAAUGCAGCCACAAACAGGAUAGUAGGUCGCUGGUUACUAGGCUGCAGCGGUCUUGUUGUUGGUGCUGUUGUCCUUGGUGGCGUCACACGACUAACAGAAUCCGGCCUGUCCAUGGUCGACUGGCAUCUGGUACGAGAGAUGAAGCCCCCGCAGUCGCAGGCAGAGUGGGAGGCAGAGUUUUCCAAAUAUCAGCAGUUUCCUGAAUUCAAGAUAAUGAACCACAACAUGACUCUGCCAGAGUUUAAGUUCAUCUUCUACAUGGAGUGGGGUCAUCGCAUGUGGGGCAGGCUGGUGGGUCUGGCCUACAUCCUCCCCACUAUGUACUUCUGGAGGAAAGGCUACUUCACUCGCUCGAUGAAGGGAAAAGUGCUCGGGCUAUGUGGAUUUGUCUUCUUCCAGGGCCUGUUGGGUUGGUACAUGGUCAAAAGUGGUCUGGAGGAGAAGCCAGAGUCACAUGACAUCCCACGGGUCAGCCAGUAUCGACUGAGUGCUCACCUGGGUUCCGCCUUACUCCUUUACUGUGCCAGUCUGUGGACCGGCCUUACGCUACUGCUGCCUGCUCACAAGUUGGCAGAGACCAAACGCCUCAUACAGCUUCGAAGGUUUGCCAAGGGAACCAGUGGACUCGUCUUCCUCACAGCUCUUUCAGGUGCUUUUGUCGCCGGUUUGGAUGCUGGCCUGGUGUACAACUCCUUCCCUAAAAUGGGAGAACGUUGGGUCCCUGAUGACCUGUUGGCCUUCUCUCCCACCCUCAAGAACUUCUUUGAGAACCCCACAACUGUGCAGUUUGACCACAGGAUCUUAGCAGUCUCCUCUUUGACGGCCAUCACUGGGCUGUAUCUGUUUUCCAGAAGGAUGGUGCUGCCUAGGAGAGCUAAGAUAGCCAUCAGCCUCCUCACAGCAAUGGCUUGCGGACAGGUUGCACUGGGAAUUAGCACCCUGUUGCUGUACGUGCCUACUCCGCUGGCAGCGACUCACCAGUCUGGAUCUGUGGCGCUACUCUCGCUGGCCAUUUGGGUUCUGGCCGAGCUCCGUAAAAUGCCCAAAUAAUGAUGGACAAAUGUCUUUCCGGGAUUAGCAACUUCUAAAACCUGGAAAUAUCACUGGUUUAUUAUAAAAUAAUGUCAUCAAGCAAACAAAUGAGCUGGACCUCUAUGCACACAAUCUACACUCAUUUCUUCAACUUCAAGCACCUGAGAAGUUAGAUUUGAACAAUGGUACCGCAUUUCCUCAAUAAGUAGACCUCCAUUUUUAUAGACGCCGGGUGGGUCAUCGACAAAUAACUUGCUCAAAUUGACCUCUUUUCCCAUCGCGAGCUAACUGUAAGCAUCUCAGUUCAUUGACGCUAUUGUUGACACAUUGACAUUAGUUUGUUGACGGCUGAGCCCAUUUGAACUCCAUUGCUAACCAAAACAGCGGCAUCUGCAAAGCAUGUUAACAGUUUAGUGUUGUAAACAAGUUCCCUGUGCAGCAUUGAAGCAUAUUUAGUGACAAUUAGCGUUCCAGUAGACUCUGACAUGAAGGCGCUCUUCAUUAGUUG